CCCCCCGGGCCGGGACCAUGUCCUCGCGCUCCGCCCUGGCGGCGGGGAACGAGCGCAACGCGGACACGCUGGCGGGCCCGGGGGGCAGCGGCCGCCCCGAGAAGGGCGGGGGGUGGUCGGGGCGCGGGGCCGGAGCCCCCCGGGGCCGGAACUCGCUGGGGGCCGAGGAGCCCCCCCACGUGGGCAACUACCGGCUGCUGCGGACCAUCGGCAAGGGCAACUUCGCCAAGGUCAAACUGGCCCGGCACGUGCUGACCGGCAGAGAGGUCGCCAUUAAAAUCAUCGACAAGACCCAGCUGAACCCCACGAGCCUUCAGAAGCUUUUUCGGGAAGUUCGGAUCAUGAAGGGGCUGAACCACCCCAAUAUCGUGAAACUGUUUGAGGUGAUCGAGACAGAGAAGACGCUGUACCUGGUGAUGGAGUACGCCAGCGCAGGUGAGGUGUUUGAUUACCUGGUGUCCCACGGGAGGAUGAAGGAGAAGGAGGCGCGGGCCAAGUUCAGACAGAUCGUCUCGGCCGUGCAUUACUGCCACCAGAAGAACAUCGUGCACAGGGACCUCAAGGCCGAGAACCUGCUGCUGGACGCCGAUGCCAACAUCAAGAUCGCCGAUUUUGGGUUCAGUAACGAGUUCUCGCGGGGCUCCAAGCUGGACACGUUCUGUGGCUCCCCCCCCUACGCCGCCCCCGAGCUCUUCCAGGGCAAGAAGUACGACGGGCCCGAGGUGGACAUCUGGAGCCUGGGGGUCAUCCUGUACACGCUGGUCAGCGGCUCGCUGCCCUUCGACGGCCACAACCUCAAGGAGCUGCGGGAGCGCGUCCUGCGGGGCAAGUACCGCGUCCCGUUCUACAUGUCCACGGAUUGUGAGAACAUCCUGCGGCGCUUCCUGGUGCUCAACCCCGCCAAGCGCUGCACCCUCGAGCAAAUCAUGAAGGACAAGUGGAUCAACAUCGGCUACGAGGGGGACGAGCUGACGCCCUACACGGAGCCCCAGGAGGACUUUGGGGACACCAAACGCAUCGAGGUGAUGGUGGGCAUGGGGUACACGAGGGACGAGAUCAAGGAGGCGCUGAGCACCCACAAGUACAACGAGGUGACGGCCACGUACCUGCUGCUGGGACGGAGGGGAGAGCCCGAGGGUGGCAGUGGCCUGUCCCUGUCACGGCCACGGGGCCCGGCCGAGGCCCCCAACGGUGCCACCAAGUCGGGGACAUCGGGGACCCACGGGAAGGGACAGCGCGGGGGGGGCCACCACCGGCAGCGGCGGCACAGCGACUUCUGUGGCCCCGCCCCCGCCCCCGCCCCCCCCAAGCGCAGCCCCACCAGCGCCGGCGCCGCGGAGCUGCGGGAGGGGGGCGUGUCCGGGGGCGUGGCCGGGGGCGUGGCCGGGCCCCUCCCCCCCCGCCGGGGCAGCGGUGGAGCCGGGGGGGGGCGCGGGGGGGGAGCCCCUCCCCCCUCCAGCCCAUUGGUCAGCAGCGCCCACAACCCCAACAAGGCGGAGAUCCCGGACAGACACCUGGACCAGCCCCACGUGCCCCCCAGCGUGAUGGGGCGCAGGAACACCUACGUGUGCUCGGAGCGCCCGGGGGGCGAGCGGCACCUGCUGCUGCCCAACGGCAAGGACAGCCUGACCUCCCGCCCGCCGCCGUCACCUUCCAGCCACUCCCUGGGCGGGGCUCACCUGGCUCACCUGGCCCGGGGCUGCUCGGCCCGCAGCACCUUCCACGGUGGGGGGGGAGGGGGCGGCGGGGGGGGAGGCCGGGACCCCCGUGAGCGCCGGGGGGGGGGCACGGGAGCCCCUCCCCCAUCCUCGCCCCCCCCCGCACCUGCGGCCGCCUCCCCCCGGCCCCGCCCCACGGCCACGCUGCUGAGCAAGAUCACCUCAAAACUGACCCGCAGGGUCGCAGACGAACCUGCGGGAAUCGGGGGACCUGCGCUCACAAGUUGCCAUCUACCUGGGGAUCAAGCGGAAGCCGCCCCCCGGCUGCUCCGAGGGGGGGGGGCUGUGAUGGGGGGAGGGGGCUCCGCUGCCCCUCCCCCCCCCCUCCCCGGGGCUGCCCCUCCCCCACUGCUGCUGCCACGGCCUCCAGCACGGGGCGGGGGAGGGGGCACCGGGACCCUCCGGAACUGGACUGGGACCACCACGGCUGCAGUUCCUGGGACCCCCAGAACGAGACCGGGACUCCCCCCACCCCGGAACCCUCAGAAACGGACUGGGACCCCCAAAAACACCCCUGGGACCCCUCCAGGAUCCCCAGAACCAGACUGGGACCCCCGCCCAGAACCUGCCAUGGGGGAUCCCCUCCCCACCGUUCACCUGUGGCAGCGCCGGGACCCCCCCCGGGUCCCCCCAGGAUUCAGCAGCUCCGGGACCCCCCCCCCGCCCCCCAAAUCGGGACCAGCGGAGCUGGGACCCCCCCCCCCCCCAGCCCAUCCCCCCUCCACGUGGGGACCUUGGGGACAUCGCGGGGGGGUUGGGGGAGGUCUCGGGGGUCCAGCGGCUCCAGGAUUUCGGUGCCAAGAUUUUGGGGACCCCCCGACCUGCGGCCCCUCCCCACCUUGUACAGUCUGUAAAUACGGCCAUGGGCCGCCCCCCCUGCCCCCACCCCCCAGUUUUUAAGUUAUUCCUGCCCCGAUUUGUGCCCCCCGACCCCUCCCCCAAAUAAAUAUUGGGACCCCCA